GAAACCGGCAUCUAAUUUCAGUUUCUGCUCAGCACGGCCUUGAUUUAGAAAUAAAAUAAAGCCCUAAUUAGACACCGGCAGUGCCAUACGAUACCAUACCAUACCAUGGAGGACUCAGAGGGAGUUCUAAGCUUCGACUUCGAGGGCGGCCUCGAUUCGGGCCCCGCCAACCCCAUCGCCUCUAUCCCAGCGAUUCCAUCCGACAAUUACGGCGCCGCAUCCGCAGCUGCCCCCAACACCACAAACACAACCACCAAUACCGCCAACAACAGCAACUCUGGUGCGGCGGACAUCCAGACGGGUCGACGGAGCUUCCGGCAGACUGUAUGUCGGCACUGGCUUCGAAGCCUUUGCAUGAAAGGCGACGCCUGCGGUUUCCUUCACCAAUAUGACAAGUCUAGAAUGCCUGUGUGUCGAUUUUUUAGACUCUAUGGAGAGUGCAGGGAGCAAGAUUGCGUUUACAAGCACACCAAUGAGGAUAUCAAGGAGUGCAAUAUGUACAAGUUGGGGUUUUGUCCGAAUGGUCCAGACUGCAGGUAUAGGCAUGCCAAGUUGCCUGGACCUCCACCUCCUGUAGAAGAAGUUGUUCAAAAGAUUCAGCAACUGAAUUCUUACAAUGGUGUGAACUCUAACAAAAAUUUUCAACAACGGAAUGCUGGUUUUUCUCAACAAAUAGAAAAAUCUCCCAAUACCAUCAUAAAACCAUCAGGAACGGAGUCGGCUAACGUGCAACAACAACAACAACAACAACAGACUCAGACACCACAUCUUACAAAUGGCCAGCACCAGCAACCACAACAGCCUAAUCCUUUGAACAGAAUUGCAACGCCUUUACCUCAAGGAAUAUCUAGGUACUUUAUUGUUAAGAGCUGCAACCGUGAAAAUUUGGAGUUAUCUGUGCAGCAAGGAGUAUGGGCAACUCAAAGGAGCAAUGAAAUUAAACUGAAUGAAGCUUUAGACUCUGCUGACAACGUGAUUUUGAUAUUCUCAGUAAACCGGACUCGACAUUUCCAGGGUUGUGCAAAGAUGACAUCCAAAAUUGGUGCUUCUGUUGGUGGAGGGAAUUGGAAAUAUGCACACGGAACUGCACAUUAUGGGAGGAAUUUCUCAGUCAAAUGGUUGAAGUUGUGUGAACUGUCCUUCCACAAAACUCGCCACUUGAGAAACCCAUUCAAUGAGAACUUGCCGGUGAAGAUUAGUAGAGAUUGUCAAGAGCUAGAACCCUCUAUUGGUGAGCAGUUGGCGUCCUUACUUUAUCUUGAGCCAGAUAGCGAACUUAUGGCAGUCUCACUUGCAGCAGAAGCAAAACGAGAAGAGGAAAAGGAAAAGGGAGUCAAUCCUGACAGUGGUUGUGAGAACCCUGACAUUGUCCCCUUUGAGGACAAUGAAGAAGAGGAGGAGGAAGAAAGUGAAGAGGAGGACGAGUCCUUUGGGCAGCCUCUUGGACCAGCAGCUCAAGGCAGGGGGAGAGGUAGAGGGAUGAUGUGGCCUUCUCACAAUCCAAUGGCUCGUGGGGCUAGACCCAUCCCUGGCAUCAGAGGUUUCCCCCCCAUGAUGAUGGGUGCUGACGGGUUUUCUUAUGGAGCUGUUACACCUGAUAGCUUUGGAAUGCCAGAUCUCUUUGGUGUGGCAUCCCGUGGAUUCCCCCCAUAUGGUCCUAGGUUUUCUGGUGAUUUUGCUGGUGCUACAUCUGGUAUGAUGUUUCCUGGGCGGCCUUCCCAACCAGGGUCUGUGUUUCCAGCUGGUGGAUAUGGGAUGAUGAUGGGUCCAGGACGUGCUCCCUUCAUUGGGGGGAUGGGUCCCACUCCAUCAAAUCUUCUCCGAGGUCCUCGGCCAGGUGGCAUGUUUGCACCGUUUCCUGCGCCAUCCUCCCAGAACAACAGCCGGUCUGUUAAGAGAGACCAGAGGGCGGCUGCAAAUGAUCGAAAUGACAGGCAUAGUGUAGAAUCUGAUGUGGUCAGGGGUGCGGCUGGGGAAUCAAAUGACGAGAGAAAAUACCUGCAGGAAACAUUAAAGGCUUCCCAUGAGGAUCAAUUUGGUGCUGUAAAUAGCAUCAGAAAUGAUGAGAGUGAAAGUGAGGACGAGGCACCAAGACGGUCAAGGCAUGGGGAGGGAAAGAAGAAGCGUCGAGGUUCCGGAGAGGAUGCUACUCCUGGCUCUGAUCACUAACAGAAGGCGUGCUCGAUUCUACUGGAGCGUAACUACUCAGAAAGGCCUACUGUAGAACAUGCGCUUCCUCCAUCUCGCAUCAGCCUUCAUUCGAAUGUGAUUUAACUGUGGACUUUGGUUUCUUAACACUUUUUGGGGCAUAAAAAUGUAUGGAUAAAUGAUUUUUUGUACUGUUUUUUUUUUUCCUUACAAUUUUUUAGGUUGACAUGUCAGAUAUAUAUAAAAAUUGGUGUAUAACUAAAUGAGUAGAAUUGUGAUUAGAUA